AUGACCACUGUCGGCCACGCCUUCGUCCUCCCUGCCAACUACCCCCUCGUCGGUGCUGGUGUCUCGGCCGUCCUGCUGCUGAACUUCAUCAAUGUCGUGAGGCACCGCAUCGCCGCCAAGGUCAAGUACCCUGCCGUUUACGCUUCCGAGGCUGAGGCGGCCACGGACCCCAAGAAGAUGCAGUUCAACUGUGCCCAGCGCGCGCACCAGAACACGCUCGAGAGCGUCCCCUUCGUGCUCGCCGCGACGGCGUACCUGGGUCUCUUCCACCCCAAGGCCGCCACGGCCGGUGCGCUCUCCUGGGUCUUUGGUCGUAUCUUCUACACCGAUGAAAGACAGAGCAAUCAGGCUAACGCCCAGAUCAACUACUCGACCGGCAAGGCUGAGAAGCGUAACGCGGGCCCGGCCGUGCUCGGCUCCAUCUCCAUGCUCGGCCUCAUCGGCGGUGUCGUCUACACCUCGGUCGUCGAGUGCCGCAAGCUCUACGCUGCUGGUCUCUAA